AUGAGUUACAAUCCUCUCGGUGCCCAGGAAGAUUUGGAUUGCGCCCCAGAAAAGACUGCAGACAAGAUGCAAAAUUUUAAUGUGCCUGAGAUACCUGCCUACUCUGAGCCACCACCUCUAAUCAUUAAGAAAUUCUCCAAAAGGCUUUUAUUAAUGUCUGCAUUAUUGGGAUGCUUUAUGGGAAUCUUUAUCCUUCCGUUUUUCAAGGGUGCAUCCAAAAAUAACGACCACCCCUUUUCGUUCCUACUGUCCGAUGACAUGUACAGUGGCUUGUUUGACAAGCUACCUACUCCAAUAUCUAAAGCCAUGUUAUAUUGGUUAACAGAUAGCCAAUAUACCGCUAAAGAACAGGAUGUACCGCUUAGCUCGACUCCGGGGGGAAUUGCAAAGCACUUUGACUUCAAGGCAAAACAUCCGGUCUUUAUUAUUCCUGGCAUGACUUCCACCGGUCUUGAGCUGUGGGAAUCAGAUGAAAAAGAACAUUUCGAAUCCUAUUUUAGAGAUAGGCUAUCUGUUA